AUGCGGAUUCCGAGCAAUCGCGAGUUCACGAGAAUUACGCCCUCCGCUUUCAGCUACCACCGCCUCAAAUCCUACGUCUCCGACUGCAGAGCCGUGCUUCUUCCCUCCUUCGGUGGGCCCCACCUGCUCGAACUUCGCUCCCACGUCCCAGUCCCUCCGCUCAAGCCGCACGAAGUCCUCGUCCGCACGCGCGCCGCGUCCGUUAACCCCUUGGACACCCGUAUGCGUGCCGGUUACGGGCGUUCUAUUUUCGAGCGGCUGUUGCCUCUCAUUUUGGGGCGCGACAUCAGCGGUGAGGUUGCGGCGGUUGGAGCUUCGGUGACGUCGGUGAGUGUGGGAGAACAGGUUUUUGGGGCUCUGCAUCCCACUGCUGUGAGAGGCACUUACACGGACUAUGCGAUUCUCUCAGAGGAUGAGGUUACUCCGAAGCCAGAUUCACUUACUCAUGUGGAAGCCAGUGCCAUUCCUUUUGCAGCAUUGACAGCUUGGCGUGCUCUAAAAUGUACAGCUAGAAUAAGUGAGGGACAAAGGAUAUUAGUAGUGGGAGGUGGAGGAGCAGUAGGGUUCAUUGCGAUUCAGCUUGCAGUAGCUGCUGGAUGCUCUGUUGUAACUACUUGUGGAAGUCAAAGCGUAGACAGAUUGUUAGCAGCUGGGGCAGAGCAAGCUGUUGAUUAUGUUGCUGAGGUGGUGUUGGAUAUUCUUUUGGAUCAUUUUUUUCCUCGGGCAAGAUUUGAUACUGAUUUUCAGUCAUCCUUGUCACCUUCGCCACCAUCUCCAUUUGGACCGAUAAAGGUGUGCCUCGAGGAGUGUGACCCACCCUCACAAAUCACUUCUCCAUGCACUGCCCCAUGUGCCAUCACACUGAGCUGA